AUGGCUCCGUCCGUAGAUCCGACGCAUCCUGACAGGCCGGUACACAUUGUCUUUGUCGGGGCAGGGGCCGUAGGCUGCUUCUACGCCUCAAGACUACAUCAUCCUCAGCACAACAUUCACACCUCCCUGAUCGCAAGGUCAAACUACCCGCAACUCUCAGCCGGCGGCGUGAAGCUGCAGACCCGCACCUUCGGUGACUACACCUUCACACCGCACGCCGUCUUCCCAUCAGUGGCAGCCGCCGCCGUCAAGCCCUCUGGCAAUGGCUCAUCAUCAUCAUCGCCUGGGCCGCGUCAGUGGGACUUCAUCAUCGUUACUACCAAGGCCCUGCCCGACCGCGGCGACGACGCUGCCCUGAUCGCCCCGCUGGUCGGGCCCUCGUCCGUCAUUGUGCUGAUCCAGAACGGCGUCGGCGUCGAAGCCCCUUACCGCAAGCGUUACCCAACGACGCCCAUAGUAAGUGCCGUCACGGUCGUCAGCGCCGAGCAGAUCUCCCCCGGCACGGUGCGCCAGAACCGCUGGACGCGGAUGCACCUGGGCCCGUACACGGACUCGGCGUCGACCGACGAGGACGAGACGGGCAGCGCCUCGGACAGCGACUUCCAGGACCGCGCGCGCGCGGAGCUCGAGCGGCGCGGCACGGCGGCCGUCGAGCAGCUCACGGCGUGGUGGACGGCGCUGGGCGGGAUCAGGGACAUCGAGGCGUCCGACGAGGUCGGCCUGCAGACGGUGCGCUGGCACAAGCUGACCAUCAACGCGGCCAUGAACCCGUCGGCCGUGCUGUCGGGCGGCCGCGGCAACGCCGACAUGGUGCGCGACCCGGAGCUGCGCCGCCACCUGCGCGGCAUCAUGGCCGAGAUCUGGGACGCCGCGCCGCGCGUCCUGGGCCGCCCCUUCCCCGCCGACCUCGCGCCCCCGGACAAGAUCCUCGCCAGCACCGAGCGCAACGUCGGCAGCAAGCCCAGCAUGCUGCUCGACUGGGAGCGCGGCAGCCCGCUCGAGAUCGAGGUCAUCCUCGGGAACCCGGUGCGCAUCGCCCGCGCCAAGGGCGUCGAGCUGCCGCGCAUGCAGAGCCUGUAUGCCCUACUGAGUAGUGCGCAGCGGACGCGGGAGGAAAGGCAGCAGAAGAACAAGGGGAAGCUCUAG